UUUAAGAUGAAUUGUCCCAAUGUGUGUCUCUUGCUGAUUCUGCAUUUUGCCUCGCUGAUGGGUGACGGGCAGCAGAACAUGCGCAUUAUAGGAGGAUACAUCGUGUCGCCAUAUUCCACGCGCUACCUGGUGUCUUUGAAGAGAAUUAGCGGGCUGCAUUUUUGUGGCGGGUCUCUAAUCAGCAGGUUCUGGGUGCUCACAGCCGCUCACUGCAAAAUCGAGCAGAGCCAGAUGCUGGUUGUUGCUGGGGAGUACUCUCUGUCUACGUUUGAAGGUACAGAGCAGGUCUUUCGCCCCAUCAAGCUGGUUGCGCACCCAGAAUACAGCCCAUCUACAAAGAAUGGCGAUAUAAUGUUAAUCAAGCUGAACCGACCUGCUGUGUACAACUCCUUUGUGUCUAUAGUGCCUCUGCCAGUCCAAGGGGUGGCACCAAGUGAAGGGCGCCUGUGUCAGGUGUCCGGUUGGGGAUUCACUAGCACAAUUGGGGGGAAGGCGUCCGAUACCCUGCGCAGUGUAAAGCUGCCCAUAGUCUCCAUGAAGAGAUGUAAUAGUUCGGCUUCCUAUGCUGGACACAUCACAAAUAAUAUGAUCUGUGCGGGCUUCAAUACCGGAGGGAAGGAUGCAUGCCAGGGGGACUCUGGAGGCCCGCUAGUGUGUGAUGGAAGAGUUUUUGGGAUUGUGUCUUGGGGACAUAGCUGUGCCAAUCCCAGAUAUCCAGGCGUAUACACAGCCGUAUCAAACUUUCAGAAGUGGAUUUACAGAACAAUCUUCUAAGAAGACUUAGACAAGUUCCCAGUUAAGAUCCCCGUUCUCCCUCUGAUGCCCAAUCAUCGCUACGUUAUUUUUGUCAAGCGCUACAUGGGCACGACGAAAGACUUACAACUAAAGGGGAAAAUUCAAUACGAUCCAUGUGGCACUGGAAGAGUUAACAUUCACUUAAUUUGUGUGAUCCUAAUGCUUGGUUAAACACCAAUAACUGAAUUUCUAGAACCAAGGAAGUAUGUACAUAUUAUUUUUCUUUUCACAUGUUUAUAAUUAAUUCUUCCACAAUAACCAGAAUCCUUCCAAAUGAUUUUACAAUAUUUUGUUAAUCCAAUCCGCAGAAUUCUGGUGUCUGUGCCUGACGGCGACAGCACUUGGCCCAGAAAUGUUAUGUAUCUUG